UCAGCUAUAUUCAUUCUAUUCGUGAUUGAAUAUAUCAAGUGACGACAAAAAUAAAAUCAUCCACCACGAUUUGAAAUAAUAUUAAUGUAGCAUUUUGAUGAAGCACGAAUUUAUGGCUGGUCCAACCACACGAAAGCAACAGAUUGAUAAAUAUUUCAAAUUUUAAAUAUUCGAUAAAAUAGUAAAAUAACAAAAUAUACAUGUCAUGCUACAUUGUCAGGUUCAAGAGCAUUUUGGCGCUGGGAUCGCUUUAUUUGUUUGGACAUUCUUAUCUACCACAACCGCCCAACUGACAGUUUUACAGCCUGAAUCAGUAAAAUACGAUACUGGCUUGAUAUUCAAUGCCCAAAAUGACAAAAAUUAUUUUGGAAACAACGUAACAGUAAGAACCGCAGAUCUUCCUUCCGUAGCAAAAAGAUCAUGGGUUGAUAUGGAAACAAUUUUGCCAACGGGUAAAAUAAUUCGUUUUUUUCUCUUUAUUUCGAACCAAACUGAAAAUGUGCAACCGGAGGAUAAAAGGAUUCGCCUUCAGAUAUGGAGACCAUCUGAAAUGAAUAUUCCUCAACUGAUUCUAGUCUGGCAACAAUUAGUAGAAGUGUCUCCUAGACUUAGAACUGGAGCAUUUUAUACAUUUAAACUGAACAACUCAUUCACAACUGUAGCUGGUGAUAGAAUUGGUUGGACAUGUGAAGGAAACUAUGGCUUAAUAACUUUUGAAUAUGCGCCUCAUAAAACAUAUUUCGUUAUUAUCAAUGAUACACGGCCUUUUCCUGAAAUAAAUUCAACAGUUAACUUUGUUGCGAUACCUCUUCCAUCUGUGUUUUCUAUCGCGGUUGAAAUGGAUUUGAAUUUGGUUGGCCCACCUGGUUUACCAGGUUCAACGGGAGACGUUGGAGCUACAGGAAUAUCUGGACCAAUAGGACCACCCGGACAAAGUGGAAAUCGUGGUCCAUCUGGAGCUCCAGGCCCUUCUUCUAAAGGAAGCACUGGUAAUACCGGUCCUACAGGAUUACUUGGUCCAGCAGGUCCACCAGGCAUGAACGGGUUACCUGGUUUAAAAGGUAAUCCUGGAGAACCAGGAACAGUUGGUUUGCCAGGAUUAAUUGGAUUUUCAGGAGCAACAGGAGAUAAAGGCCCUCAGGGUAUUCCUGGUAAUAUCGGAAAUACUGGACCUCCAGGUAAUCCUGCUACUGGUGGAGGAAUUGGAGAUACUGGCGCCACUGGACUACCUGGUCCGAAUGGUUCUCCUGGGUCACCUGGAGCUACAGGCAAUAGUGGUUUUUCGGGUAACACGGGAUUAAAUGGAGUUCCAGGGGCAAUAGGUGGAACAGGAUCGUCAGGUGCACCAGGAUUGUUUGGAAACACAGGAAACAGUGGUUUUCUCGGUGCAGUAGGGGCGACUGGAAAUCAAGGCCCAAAAGGUUUGCAAGGAACAUUUGGUGCAACGGGAUUGAAAGGAUUCACUGGCCCUACUGGUGAUCCUGGUUUGCCUGGUUCGUCAGCGACUGGAACCGUAGGAGAAAAUAAACCGGGUGAUACAGGCUGGACUGGCAUCACUGGAGUUUCCGGACUACCUGGACCUACUGGUGCAACAGGUAGCACUGGUCCGGUUGGACAACCAGGAGGUUCUGGAAAUAUUGGUCCUAGUGGCCAAACUGGCAUAAAAGGUUUUACUGGGUUUACUGGGUUUACAGGAUUUACCGGAUUUACUGGUAAUACUGGGACAAUUGGUAAUACAGGGAGUGAUGGAAGUUUAGGUUCAAAAGGAACUCCAGGAGCAACAGGACCUCAAGGUGCUCAAGGUCCACCUGGUAAUGGUGGUUCAGGUUCUUUGGGGUAUACUGGAUGGACUGGAUCUUCUGGGGGCACAGGUGACACUGGAACUUUAGGAAGUAAUGGACCAACUGGUGCCACAGGUUUCACGGGUAGCAUGGGUUCAGUUGGAGUUCCCGGAGCAACGGGUUUAACAGGUCAAACAGGGGUGCAAGGAAUUUUAGGAAAUACUGGUUACACUGGGUUUACGGGGAAUAGUGGAAAUCCAGGCAAACAGGGUUUUACGGGAAACACGGGUUUUAUUGGACAAUCUGGUAAUACAGGAGGAACAGGUUUUACAGGAUCUGUUGGACUUCCUGGUAAUCCAGGAUUAAAUGGAAUACCUGGUAUUAAAGGAUCAACAGGUGACCCAGGAAACACUGGAACACCUGGAACUCCAGGUUUGUCCGGUUCCGUAGGAGCUACAGGAGCUACUGGAAUCUCAGGAUCAAUUGGUAAUACAGGGCCACCUGGACAACAAGGACAGCAAGGAAGUAUUGGAAGAACAGGUUCAAACGGCAUUCAGGGUACAUUGGGAAAAACAGGUGUUCCGGGAGCAACAGGAUUAACCGGUAAAACUGGAGCUACGGGAGAUCUUGGAAUAACAGGUAAAACAGGUGCUACAGGUGAUACAGGAAAUGUUGGUUAUACAGGUUUUACUGGUUCAAGAGGUCAACCAGGUAUCACUGGUAGUACUGGUAAUAUAGGACCACAAGGAAACCCAGGGCCAACAGGUGGAACAGGGUUUAAAGGAACUUUGGGAGGCACAGGUUAUUCUGGUUAUCCUGGACCAAACGGUCAACAGGGCAUUACUGGUUUUUCAGGACAACCUGGAGAUCCUGGCUCUACUGGAUUUACUGGCGCUACUGGCGUUUUAGGACUGCCAGGAUUAAACGGAGGAGUAGGGUCAACGGGGUCUAUUGGAGCUACUGGUUUAAAAGGCGCAUCAGGCAUGCCAGGGCCUGUGGGUCCAACAGGAGCAAUAGGUGCAUCAGGUUCAGUUGGCAGAACUGGUUUACCUGGAGAUCAAGGUUUAAGUGGAAAAACAGGUGUCCAAGGUGCAACUGGAUUAGCUGGUAAAACUGGAGUUAUAGGAAUUACGGGUUCCACUGGAUUUACUGGUUCAUCUGGAUCUACAGGAUUUUCUGGAUCAACUGGAUUAAUUGGAGAAGUAGGAGCAACUGGUUUACAAGGACCUCCAGGACAAGAUGGUCAAACAGGUCCCACUGGAAAUCCGGGAAUUAAUGGAGCUCAAGGAACUCAAGGUUUACGUGGGCCAGCAGGUAAUCCAGGUGCAAUUGGACAAACAGGACAACCAGGUUUAUCCGGAAAUACUGGUUUUACAGGAAUCACAGGUAACACAGGUCGUCAAGGUGAACAAGGUUAUACAGGUAGCCCAGGACAAAUUGGAUCAACGGGUGCAAGUGGUUCAACUGGUAAUACUGGAUAUACGGGUGCUACUGGUUUUUCUGGGUUUACAGGCAGCCAAGGAGGCGUUGGAUCUACAGGCUCAUUUGGUCAACAGGGUCAACAAGGUCAACAAGGUUCUGCAGGACAAACUGGUCAGUCAGGUUUACAAGGAACAACAGGGUUUUCUGGUCCUCAAGGGUUUCCUGGUUUUCAAGGCCCUGUAGGAACUCAAGGUUUUCAAGGUGCUACAGGAUUUACUGGAAAUACAGGAAGUUCUGGCUUACAAGGUUCAACUGGUCUAGUUGGAAAUACUGGAUUGGUUGGGGCUCCAGGUUUAAGUGGGGCCACUGGUUCACAAGGUAUAAGUGGACCUGUUGGACAAAUUGGAAAUUCUGGAUCAGUUGGAGCUACAGGUUUUUCAGGAUCAACAGGAUUGCAGGGAUCAACAGGAACUAGUGGAUCUAUAGGUACUCAAGGAGCAACAGGAUUACAAGGAGCAACAGGAUUGGAUGGUCAAAUUGGUUCAUUGGGUCCCCAAGGUAACCCAGGAAUAAAGGGUCCUUCUGGAAACACAGGUACAAAAGGACCAAGUGGCAUGACAGGAGUUGUUGGAAUAAGUGGAGGCCAAGGAGAUACAGGGUUUACUGGGUUCCAGGGUUUACAAGGUUUUACUGGUUUACCGGGCAGAAUUGGAGAUCCAGGUCAGCCUGGUUAUACAGGCUCAACAGGAUUUAUAGGAAACACUGGUAUUACUGGUCCAGUUGGUCUACCUGGUAAUCCUGGAACUCAAGGACAAACUGGUUCUUCCGGCCAGCAAGGUUUAGCUGGACUACCAGGUGCAAGUGGAUUACCUGGUCCUAUUGGACUACCUGGUCCUAUUGGACCUCAGGGUUCUAUUGGCACUCCUGGAUUUCCAGGACCUAAUGGAAACAAUGGCGUGCCUGGAUUACCAGGAUUUUCAGGUGCCACUGGUCCACUGGGAAUUGUUGGAAGAACAGGAGUUCCAGGAUUUACGGGGCCGCUUGGAAAUACUGGAUCAAUAGGUUCUACUGGACCAACAGGAAGAACUGGAGUCAAAGGGUCUAUUGGAGCUCCUGGUUUUUCAGGCAAUCCUGGAGCUCCGGGUUUAACAGGCGACACUGGCAACGCCGGAGCACAAGGAGUUCCUGGUGCAACUGGUAUUUCUGGAAGCAGUGGAGCAACUGGAUUUUCUGGUGCAAUCGGCUCACCUGGAGGAACUGGUUAUUCUGGUCCAAGAGGAAUAAAAGGUGAUACCGGAAGAAUUGGUGACACAGGAAAUUUCGGUCCAAUAGGUAAUCCGGGAAUAACUGGAAAUCAAGGUUUGCCAGGAUUUCCUGGACUUCAGGGAGAUACAGGUAUAAGUGGUUCGACCGGUCAAGUGGGUUUCCCAGGAAAUCCUGGAGUUCAAGGUAUAACUGGUGCUUCUGGAAAUCCAGGUAAUCAAGGAUAUACUGGUGCAACUGGCUUUACAGGAACCCCAGGUCAAACUGGUGCACAAGGCGCCACCGGAUCAAGUGGAUCCACUGGUCAACAAGGGUUUUCUGGAAGUAUUGGAUAUACCGGAAACACUGGACCCAUAGGAAUUGUCGGAUCACCUGGCGCGACUGGUAACACAGGUAGUUCAGGAUCACCUGGGUUUGUAGGUAGCACUGGAGUAACAGGUGUUUUUGGUUUGCAAGGAGCUACUGGUGGCACUGGUGCUACUGGUUUAAAAGGUUCUUCUGGAUUUGGAGGAAACAAUGGUUUGCCAGGAUUUUCAGGUUCGUCAGGUCAAACUGGAAUUCAAGGUUGGACGGGGAACACAGGAUCAACAGGACAGCCGGGAAUGACAGGUUCUAUUGGAAGUCUUGGAAGAACAGGUGUGCAGGGACAAACUGGUGAUUCAGGGCCAGCGGGUAACACUGGCCCGACAGGUCUUACGGGAAGGACUGGUGUAUCUGGAUUUCCUGGAUUUCCAGGCGCUACUGGAUUCACGGGAAACUCAGGAAAUUUUGGUAACACUGGAUUUACUGGUAGCACAGGUGCAACAGGAAAUAAUGGUUUACAAGGAAGUAGCGGUUUUUCUGGUUUAUCUGGAUUCACCGGUCAAAUAGGUCCUUUUGGUCAGCCAGGCUUUACGGGAAUUACAGGUUCUACAGGUUUUUCUGGUACAAGAGGUAUGACUGGUCAAACGGGUGCUACGGGGCCAAAUGGCAUUAACGGUCAGCAAGGAUUUACGGGAGACACCGGUUUUUCAGGCCCCCAAGGACCUAUCGGGGGGACUGGAAUGUCAGGUUUUCCUGGAGUUCCUGGUCCGGUAGGAUCAACUGGGUUGGCUGGUAAUCAAGGUUUUACUGGUGCAACUGGUAUAACAGGAAAUAUUGGUACGAUGGGCUUUUCAGGACAACCAGGAAACAUUGGAUUUACCGGCGCAACAGGUGCCACUGGUGUGGUUGGACCUAAUGGAAACCCUGGAUUUGAUGGCAGCAGUGGAGCCACUGGAAGAACAGGUAGUCCGGGUCCUAAUGGUUCACCUGGAAUGACAGGAAGUGUUGGUGAUUCUGGAUUUUCUGGGUUUCCUGGGUAUCCAGGCCCACAAGGUUCUACUGGAUUACCCGGACCAGCAGGAAACGCAGGAGUAGCAGGUUCAACGGGUCAAAUAGGUCCUACAGGUUCAGCCGGUUUGACUGGUUUCACUGGUUGGACUGGAUCACCAGGACGUACAGGAGUAAAUGGUUUUACAGGUUUCACUGGUGCAAGUGGGUUAACGGGAUCUCCUGGCCCCACUGGACGGACAGGAAUAUUAGGCCCAGUAGGAAAUACAGGAGAAACCGGUUUUAGUGGACAACAAGGAAAUAUUGGUGCACCAGGAAUAAUCGGUGCUACUGGUUCUAGUGGAAAUAAAGGGCAACAAGGACAACCUGGAUUAUCAGGUAAUACAGGUAACCAAGGAUUGCCUGGAAAUACUGGCUCAAGUGGUAGCAUAGGAAAUACUGGAAAUCCCGGUAAUCCAGGAUUUUCUGGUUUUCAAGGAAGUUCAGGUUUAAUGGGUCAAACUGGAUCAGUUGGAGCAACUGGGGCGAUUGGAGCCACAGGUGCUCUAGGAAGUGGAGGAGUUUCUGGAUCAAUUGGCGAUACUGGAUCUACCGGUCAAAUCGGCUAUACAGGCCAAACUGGUUCCAUAGGCCAGCCCGGUCAGCAGGGAUUCACUGGUCCACCAGGGAUUUCAGGCUUUCCUGGUGCGGGAGGAACUCAAGGAACUUCUGGGUUUUUAGGUCCUACAGGUUUACAGGGUGAAAAAGGACAACAAGGCAACACUGGAUAUAUUGGUUUUUCUGGUCAGACUGGAAAUCCUGGUCAAACAGGUGCAACAGGACAACCUGGAUUUAAUGGAGCACCUGGAGCUAUAGGUGGAACAGGUUUUACCGGAAAUACUGGUAAUACUGGUUUUACCGGUGGAACUGGUGCAACUGGAAUUAGUGGAAGUCAAGGACUCCAGGGAGCACAAGGAUACACGGGACCAACUGGCCAACAGGGCGCUACUGGGCAGUCAGGCUUCAUAGGAUCGACCGGAUUCACAGGAUCAUCUGGGGUUCCUGGUUCUUUUGGUGCAACUGGUGAAGGAGGGAGACCAGGAAAUUCUGGACCAAUUGGUUUUCCUGGUUCCACUGGACAACCGGGAUUUACUGGUUUUACUGGGGCAACUGGUAUGAACGGUAUUAUGGGAAUGCCUGGUUAUACCGGAAACACUGGUACACCAGGAGCGACUGGUUUUACUGGUCUUCCUGGCAAUGCAGGCCAAGCUGGCGGAACUGGUUCAACAGGCUUUACCGGUGGGACUGGAUUUACGGGACUGCAAGGUCAGCCAGGAUCAAGCGGAACUAUUGGGCCAACUGGUCCAGUUGGUUCAACAGGAGCACAAGGCGCUACUGGCGUUUUUGGUGCCACAGGUUCUCCCGGAUCAACUGGAUCAGUUGGAAAUACAGGACAAAUAGGAUCUCCUGGACAACAAGGAUCUACUGGCUUGUCAGGAAUACCUGGACAGUUAGGGCCUGUUGGUCCCAGUGGCUCACAAGGUUUCACAGGUGACACUGGAGGAUCAGGUUCUCAAGGAUCGACUGGAUUACAAGGUUUUUCAGGAGCCAUAGGACCACUAGGCUUACCUGGUUCUACUGGCCUGACUGGAAUACUUGGAACAACUGGUGGAACCGGACAACAAGGUCAACCAGGUCAAAUUGGUCUGCCGGGUUUAAAUGGAAUGACAGGGGCUACUGGUAUACAAGGAAAUACAGGAGGUACUGGCUUUAGCGGAGUUCAAGGUGCACAAGGUACACCUGGACAAACGGGAUACACGGGAUUUUCUGGGAACCAGGGUUCCACCGGUAUUCAAGGAAUUCAAGGUCAGCCGGGUCAGUCAGGUUUUGUUGGCCCAUUGGGACCAGUUGGUUACACAGGUGCAACUGGUGUUGUAGGUAUAACCGGAUAUACAGGAGUAACCGGUCAGCAAGGAACUCAAGGUCCUGCUGGUUUACCUGGAUCAAAAGGUGGACAAGGAAGUACUGGAACUACCGGUCAACCCGGAGCAACAGGUUUUACCGGUUUCAAAGGAAUGGAUGGUUCAACUGGACAAAUAGGAAAUUCAGGACAACCAGGCUUACCUGGUGAACAAGGAUCUAUUGGUCAACAAGGUCCAACCGGAGAUCAAGGUGUGCAAGGUAACACGGGUUUACCUGGAAAAACAGGCGAGCCAGGAUUCCCUGGUACUAAUGGUUAUACUGGGGCCACAGGAUUACAAGGCUCUACCGGAUCUGCAGGAUAUACGGGUUCAUCUGGCCAAACAGGAAAUUCUGGAUUUACAGGAGCGUCUGGUGCUACUGGUUCAACCGGAACUCAAGGGUUUGCUGGCUAUACUGGAGCAAGUGGCACAAAAGGAGCUACUGGACCAACUGGAUCAACUGGUCAACCAGGAUUUACUGGUUUUCCAGGAUUUUCUGGAUCUCCAGGAUCUGUUGGAAACACCGGUUCUAGCGGAAAUCCCGGGUUUAUAGGAGGUACAGGUUCCUCAGGUGCAUCUGGUCAAAUUGGCCAACCAGGUGACACGGGUUUUGCCGGCCAACCAGGUGUCAAUGGAGUAACUGGUUUUUUUGGCUCUACAGGUCAAACAGGUGUUCCAGGUUUUACCGGUUUUACAGGUCUCCAAGGUCCUCAAGGACAAACAGGACAGAUAGGACUUAUGGGGCAAACAGGAUUACAAGGAGCAACUGGUUUUUCUGGAUCUCAAGGUUCUACUGGUUUAAAAGGUUUUACUGGUCCAAAUGGAUUUAUUGGUCAAUCUGGACAGCCAGGAAUAACUGGUCCGAUUGGUUCUCCCGGUGGUAUAGGGACUAAAGGUAUUCAAGGAACUACUGGGCAAACCGGCCCUUAUGGGGCAACAGGUGACACAGGCUCUACUGGUUUAACAGGUGUUCCAGGAAGAAAUGGAGACCCAGGUUUAAUAGGAUUUACGGGACAAACUGGACAAAAUGGAAAAAUUGGUGCCACAGGUGCAACUGGGUUUUCUGGAAUAACUGGUCAAAUGGGUCAACCUGGAUUUCAAGGAGCAACAGGUAAUAAAGGUUCGCCCGGACAGAUAGGGGGAACGGGAGUGAUUGGUGAUAGUGGUUCAACAGGUUUCACAGGUGCAACUGGAGAUAUUGGAUUUACUGGACCAAAUGGAUUUUUAGGUCAAUCGGGUCAAACAGGGUCAUCAGGAAGUACUGGAUUUACAGGACUUGUUGGAGAUUCUGGACAACCUGGUUUUUCAGGAAAUAUUGGGCCAAGUGGCCCAAUUGGGUUGCCUGGAUCUAAUGGGGCUACUGGUUUCACAGGCUCAACUGGAUACACUGGACAAUCAGGUUUUAUUGGUUUCACAGGAGGAACAGGUAUACAAGGACCUAAUGGUUUACCUGGAAAUACAGGAUUAUUUGGGUUACCAGGAGAUACAGGCCAGCCAGGUGUUCAAGGUCCAGCUGGAAACACAGGGCCUAUAGGCUCACCUGGCCCAAAUGGCUUUAAUGGAAAUGUGGGAAUUGGUGGAGUUCCAGGAAAUACAGGUGCCACUGGUGCAACCGGAGCUACUGGAGCAAUGGGAAAUCUAGGUUCUCAAGGAAGCCCCGGUUUUACCGGCUUUACUGGCUUAAAUGGUUUACCUGGUGUUCAAGGUUCUACAGGUGGUACAGGAUAUUCUGGUAAUACUGGUGCUACUGGUGUUAUUGGACCGGUAGGAUUUGUUGGUGCUACAGGUGGUUCUGGAAACCCUGGUUUGCCGGGUUCAACGGGAAAGCAAGGAGUUACUGGCAGUACUGGAUCUAGUGGAGCCACGGGAGCUCCUGGACCUUUCGGUUAUUACAAUUUUUUCUAUACUUUUUUUGAGAUUUUUUAUUUAUAA